CAUUCUCACACUUGGUUUCACUAUGCGCUCGUAAAAACGGCUCCGUCUACUACAAACGCGGCGGUGCAGGUGCUCUGUCUCUUCGGGAGAGGAUGCGGAUGGAAGGACGGGGGAGGGAAGGGAUGAAGGGAAAAGCCACGAGGAAAGAAAAUAGGAUAUGAAAAAGGGGCUUUUGCUAAUGAGACCGUGAGGUGCAAGGUCGAAUAUGAGAGAUUGGUUGAACGGGGCACUUUGCGUGGUAAUAGCUGGUCGGCAAUAGUACUAUGAUUUGGUAUGUGGCCACUCUGAUAGCAAGUGUAUUCAGCACCAGAGGAACGGCCGCUCAAGGUGCCCACGGAGUGAGAGAGGAGCCCCGGUUUGUGACGGCGCGCGCCGGAGAGAGCGUGAUCCUGGGGUGUGACGUGUCCCCUCCCCUGGACGGCCAGCAGCCUCCCUAUGUGGUGGAGUGGUUCAAGUUUGGAGUGCCUAUCCCCUUCUUCAUCAACUUCCGCUUCUACCCUCCUCAUGUGGAUCCAGAGUACACUGGUAGAGCCUCUCUGCAUGGGAAGGCCUCCCUGCAGAUUGACCCAGUACGCUCCGAGGACCAGGGCUGGUACGAGUGCAGGGUCCUGAUGCUGGAGCAACAGUACGACACCUUCCACAACGGCAGCUGGGUGCACCUCACAGUCAAUGCCCCACCUUCAUUUACAGCGACGCCGCCACAAUAUGUGGAGGCGAAGGAAGGGGGAAGCACUCUGCUUAGCUGCUCUGCCCAGGGAAAUCCAAAACCAAUGAUCAGCUGGCUGAGGGACGGGGAGGAGCUCGCAACCAACGCAAAAUACUCGGUACAUGAUGGCAGUCUAACCAUCCUUGGCAUCACUAGAGAUGACAGAGGGGCGUACACAUGCCGAGCCUACAGUGACCAGGGAGAGGUGCUCCACACUACCCGUCUGCUGGUUCAAGGGCCUCCAUACAUCGUCUCUCCACCGGAAAACGUCACUGUCAACAUAUCCCAGAAUGCACUCUUCACCUGCCAAGCAGAGGCGUAUCCUGGCAACCUGACCUACACCUGGUUCUGGGAAGAGGAUAACGUCUACUUCAAGAAUGAUCUGAAGCUCCGAGUGCGCAUUCUCAUCGACGGCACCCUCAUCAUCUUCCGGGUCAAGCCGGAGGAUGCUGGGAAAUACACCUGCAGUCCGAGCAACAGCCUCGGUAUCUCGCCCUCGGCAUCGGCCUACCUGACUGUUCAGUACCCUGCCCGAGUGAUCAACAUGCCCCCGGUCAUCUACGUCCCACGGAAACUGCCAGGCAUCAUCCGCUGCCCGGUGGACGCCAACCCACCUGUGACAUCAGUCAAGUGGGAGAAAGACGGCUAUCCUCUCAGAGUGGAGAAGUACCCCGGUUGGAGCCUGAUGCCAGAUGGAAGUAUCCGGGUGGCGGAGGCCACAGAAGACUCCCUGGGCACCUACACCUGUGUGCCUUACAACGCCCUGGGUACCAUGGGCAUGUCCCCCCCUGCCACUUUGGUGCUAAAGGAUCCCCCUUAUUUUAACGUGAGGCCUGGGGGGGAGUACCGUCAGGAGGCUGGGAGAGAGCUAGUUAUCCCCUGUGCUGCUUCUGGAGACCCUGAUAUACCAUCCAUCACCUGGAGAAAGGUGGGGAAGCCAAGCAAGAGUAAGCACAACAUCCUACCCAGUGGCAGCUUACAGUUUCUGUCCCUCAGCAAGGAGGACCAUGGAGAAUGGGAGUGUGUAGCCACCAAUGUGGUCACGAGCAUCACUGCCAGCACGCGUAUCCUAGUCAUCGGCACCAGCCCACACGCUCCUGGCAAUAUCCAUGUAUUGCCCUCAACGACCUCUGCUAAUGUGUCCUGGGAACCAGGUUACGAUGGCGGCUUCGAACAGACGUUCUCUGUGUGGUACGGUCCAGUGUCAAAGAGAACAGACUUCGGUCCUCAUGACUGGCAUUCGAUGCCAGUUUCUGGUGCUCAGACUUGGUUGGUGGUGCCAGGGCUGGAGCCUGGGACAGAGUACCAGUUCAGUGUGUUGGCACAAAACAAACUGGGCACCGGCCCAUUCAGCGAAGUUGUGACAGUCACCACUGCAGGCUCUCCUCUGGGUACCCCAGAACCACUGGUGCUUCUUACUCCACCACGGUGCCUCACAGCCAAUCGCACGCAGCACGGUGUUCUUCUCACAUGGCUCCCUCCAGCCAACCACUCCUCGCCCAUCGACCGGUAUAUCAUGGAGUUCCGCCUCGGGGAGAGGUGGGAGGUUCUGGAUGACCUGAUCCCAUCCACUGAGACCGAGCUCAUAGCUCGAGACCUUGUUCAGGAGUCCUGGUAUGAGUUUCGAGUGAUGGCUGUCAUGGAUGACCUGAUCAGUGAGAGCAGCAAUGUAGUGGGAGUGUCGAGCACAGAUCCCUUCCCCCCGGAGUUGCCUGAUGAGGGGCUGGCGCGGCCUGUGGUGGCGGGUGUCGUGGCAACUAUCUGUUUCCUGGCAGCGGCAGUACUGUUCAGCACUCUAGCAGCUUGCUUUGUCAAUAAGCAACACCGUCGCAAACUCAAGCGUAAACCAGAUCCUCCCUUGUCGGUGACACACUUCAGGAAAAGCAUUGAGUCACCGCCUCCUCUCACCCCCUUGCCAGGGGUAGAGCCCUGCUGGGACGAGCCUGCCAGGAGCAGUUUCUUGCCCCCGCCCGCCAGCCCCCUGUUAUCAUCGGGGAAGAUAAGUCCAGAGAGCUCCCCUCCAUCUCGACCUCGCUCUCUUUCUUCGGAGGGCUCCCACGGUCCAGGCCUGUACGUCAGGAAGCUGCCCAGCCCUCAAAGAGAACGAGACAAAGAGCUCUCCUUCUACAAGAAAACCAAGCGUGCCAUAGCCAGCAAGAAAUACAGUGUGUCCAAGUAUGAGGCAGAGGUCACCACGCCUAUUGAGCUGAUAAGCCGCGGCCCUGAUGGCCGCUUCGUCAUGGAGAGCCCACCACCCCGCCGCAUCCAGGGCUUCCCCUUCGCAGAGGAGUCUGACAUGUACCCUGAGUUCCGGCAGUCCGAUGAGGAGAAUGAUUUUGACCCCGGGCCUCUGCCGCCCAUCAUGCCCACGCUGCGGCCCCAGCUCUCCCCAACGUCCUCCAGCCUGGAGUCAACGCAGCCCCCCACCUACAGCCCCCGCCUACACAGGCCCAUGGAAGGUAUGAGCUUUGCAGAGGGCAGUGCACUUCACGCCUCAGGGCAGGCCCCGGCCUCCCGCUACCGGGGCUUUCCCCAGGGCCCAUUCUAUGGGUAUCUAGGCAGCCGCGGUGAAUCAGGGAUUCCACCACCAUUCUACAUGCCUGACAUCAGCCCGCGUAGCUCCGCUCUGUCCUCCCCGCCAGGCACCGCUGAGGGGCCCUUUGGUUACCCCUCCAUCCCCGAGGAGAGUGGAGAGAUGGAGCACCAUCAGUACACUGCCUCUGGCCAUUCUCUGUCUCACACACACAGCCCUCCUCGCUCACCUGAAAGCUGGCAGCCUCAUGAGUUACCCUUCCUGGGUCUAGAGGGUCCACGGUUCAUAUUCCCACCUCACCAUCCCUUACAUCAUCCCCAGGACCUCCCUGAUCCACCCCCAUACCCUCCUCACUCUCUUCCCCCCAGUCGCCUGCACCUCCCUUCACUAAAGGAUCCAACAAGCCCUGGACUCCUGCAGCUGGAGGUCCCUGUGGCUCCCCAAGGCAGAGACAGGCCCAUGGGGCCUCCGGUUAGGCGUUUAGCUAUGCAACAGGCCCAGAGUCUCGGCCAGCUCAGACACACGGCCCACGGUGUGGGUGUACCAGUGUUGCCUUACCCUGACCCGGCAGCCCGUUCAGGGAGCCCAAGCACAGCCCCCAGUAGUAGCCCUCAGUCCUGGCUCAGCCCGAGGGCGGGGCGCCGGGCAGACCCCAGCCUACCCCCGCUAGUACUCCAGCCCUCCCGCCUCUCUCCACUCUCCCAAAGCCCCCUUAGCACCCAGCCAGGUUCCCCAGAUAUUCUAGUGCGGCCCCCUCCGCGGCCCAGCAUCCUCCGCACCUCUCGGUCUCUGGAGAUGCCUGAGAUCACCCUGCAGCCCUCAGCCACUGUCAGUUUCUCCCGGAGGUCCUCCCUGACCGCCUCUCCCACUCAGGGCGCCAGGCACCCCAGCCCCAGUUACCACGCCCACAUGUCCUAUGCCUCCACUGCAGCCAGUUACCCCUCCCAGUCCCCCUCUCCCCCUCUGGAGUGCAGGGAUGUGUUCGGGCAGAGGCCAUCCCAGAGAAGGACAGAGGAGGAGAUGCUACCCUCAGAGCCCUCUCAGCUCCAGAUAUCAGCCUCAGGGGAACCUCUAGGUGCGUCUAGUGAUCCUGCCGGGUCUGAGAGCUUACCAGCACUGCUACACCACUGUAUUACUAAAGCCAAGGGAGUGGCUGCCAACAACAAUAACAACACAACCUCCGGAAGGAGAACAGGUGCGUGUCCCUCUCAGACCCAGCAGCAAUCUCAGACACCCCAUGAGGGAGAAGAUCUCAACCUCCACAGAAAGAGGAAAAAGCAAAACAAGAAGAACCCCUAUCUCUAUUUGACCUCCUUCCUGCAUCGCAGGCAGUCUGAGGAGGACCAGACAGGCAUUCUGGCCAGUGCAGACUCUGAGGGCCCAAAUUAUGGGACUCUACGCUAACCCACCAAGCCAUUGGACUCGACUAAACUGACCUCCCCUGAAAAAAAACAAAAAAAAACCCCAAAAAACUCAACCUCAGCCCUCCCUGAUCCCUAUAUCAAGCUAAUACAUUUCUUAUAAUCUCAUAAAAGUUCAUCAGUGUUUGGGGAGCGGGGGACAAAACAUCCAGCUGAAUCCCCCGGGGUCGGAGAUCUUAUUUGAAGACAAGAACAAUGGCUUUUUCUGAGUUGUCACCACUACUUGUCUCUGAGGAAUUUCACUUGAAAAUGCUCUGAAAAUAUAUAAUGUAUAUAAAUAGUAAAAACAAGGGAAUUAAGCUUCCUCCUACAGUAAUAACAAUGUGUUGGUUGAGUAUGUCACAACACGUUAAAGAUUUUUCACUCACUGGUCAUUGAGGGGUCCAUAUCCUUAGGUUUUUCAGUGGUACAGUGUACUGUGAAACCUGGUGCGUCCUCGGACAUGGACAUGAGUCUACCUUUCCUACAAUACAAAUAGUGUCAGUAUUAAAACACAGGGUUCUUACCACAAAAUAUACCUCAGAGUAAACGCAGAGUUGCUGUAAUUCUUGUGGUAUACUGUACGUACCUUUUUACAUAUGAAACGUAUGGAUAAAAAGGUUUAUAUCACACACACACACACCACACUCAUUCAAAUGGAUAAUAUGGCCUAACUUUAUCUAAUUUAGACGCUUUUUAUUAUCAGUUAUUGCUGGCAUAAAAAUUGUGUUUAUUUUGAUUUACGAUCCAAUGCCAACCAUUAGAAGACUGUCUUAAUUGAAGUGCUCGAUGGCUCAGUGUGUUUACACUCGUCGCUACGGCACCGUAUUAAGAAAAGAUCAUAGCCUUCACGAGAACUCUCUGAAUAAUUUGGGACUUACACGCUCAACAGAGGUUGGACUUGUAGGGUUUAGAGGAACAGGGUGACGAAUUGUGAAGUGUACUGUAGUAUGUAUUUCAUUAUUAAGGAAUCAUUUGUGAAAUGUGGCACGUCUCGAGGUGCCUUUUUUUGCCUUUUUCUCUUGUUUUUUCUAACAUAAACUGCCUUUUCCUUCGCCUUCUCAUAUUUGUCUCUUCUAGGGGAGUGAGGGACUCCAAGAAUAUGUGUGUUUUUACUUUCUCUGCCAAGGACACAUGAGAGAAAAUGCUACAUGAUGCAUAACUCUUGUUUUUUUGUUUGUUUGUUUGUUUUGUUUUCGACAUAUUUUAAAUGGGUACCUGUUUCAACUGUGUACAUCCGAGUAAAUAGGACAGAACCGGAAUACUCACAACACAAACUGAAGGUUAGAUUGUUUUUUUAAAAAAAAGGCAAAUAAAUCAAUGAAUAUAACACCAGUGGAAAAGUACAGAAGCACUGCACAUGAGUUUUCAUGCAGAGAGAACAAACCAGUCGAGUAAGGAUGUUAAUGUUUAACAGCAGCUGUUAGAGGAGAAUGUGAUUGGUUCAUAAAGAUGUUAACAAGCAAUGGGAAAUAUCCAAACAAUGGCCCACCCCGACAACAACUGUAUAUUACUUGCUAGCUACUUCUCUGUAUGUUUCAUUUUUCGACACUAACCGAUAAUGAAUGUAUGUUUUGCUGUACAGGAAAUGAAUGUCCCGAUGUCACAGAACAUUGAAUGACCCAUUGCGUUAGUGCAGCUGCGAUUGAAGAGAUGAGCAGCUGGCACUCUGAGUCCAAAUUGUUUUGCUUCUCUGUGUUAUUCCUGUAUGCGUUAAUAACUAAUAGGCCCCGACACAGGUUCAGAGCUAAGCUCCGUUCCUUCUGACAGCUACAAUAACAACCGGUUUCCUUCUAUUGCCACCGCUAGUGAAAGACACAUCAGAUAUAUUUCCAUCUGCUACCGACCACAGAUCAAAGAUUUUCCGACAAAUAUCCACAUGAAUGAAUCGACUCAAUGUCUGCUUACUGAAAUCUCGAAACUCUUUUGACAAGUGAGAAAGUGAUGAUUGCCUGAAAGUGAGCGUCAAAGUGCAUAUUCUACUUUAACAAAUUGGUUUGAUGUAAGAUACGAGGACAAAAAAAAAAAAAUCUAUAUUUGUUAUGUACUGUACAUGGUAUGUAUUGUAUUUGUAAAGAUAAAUCAAACCAUGUUUUACAGGAAGACGUUCUUGUACGAGGAUGUAUGAAAAUACGGGAAGGUGAUCCCAAGGAAAAAGAAAUUAGAUUAUAUAUAAAAGUAUUUGCUUACAGUACGGCUUUAAGUGGAUAAUGUUUCUAAAACAUUUUAAGGUGCCUCAUUUGUCAUACUUUAGCAGACAUUAUUUUAUCUGAGAAGAAAAGAAACCUUAAUGUUAGUACCGUACAAUGUAUUAUUGCCAUAGCCCGCUGGCUGCACAAGUUAAGUAGUAUUUUCUCUGAU